UGAUAUUGGAUAUCGUACAUUACAGUUUACUGCCACCUUUAAAGAUGAAGGUCGUUUGGCACCUGAAGUCAUGUCGUACUUUUCACACCAGUGUACUUUGUCCUCAGUGUCGCUUGAAAUUACUUGAAAAGACAGUCGUUCACUGUCAUGUUUUCACAGUACCAGUAAACCACUUCUUUUCAACUCGUAAAAAAGAUGUAAUCUCUGAUAUGAUAAUUGCUACGAUCUACAGAAUCAACUUACGAUUUUCACGAUUCCUAAUUUAAUUACAGCUUCACGAAUCACACUUAUCCCUUUUAUUGUUAAAUCUAUUUUUUGCUGUGAUUUGAGUAUGGCUUUAGGUCUUACUAUCGUUGCCGGAUUCACAGAUACGUUAGAUGGGCUCAUAGCCCGAAAUGUGUCCAACCAGGCCUCAAAUGUUGGAAGUUUUUUGGACCCUCUUGCUGACAAACUUCUUGUGACUUCUUUGGUUUUGUCAUUGACAGUGAUGGAUUUUUUCCCAGUCAGUCUUGCCUGUCUUUUUAUUUUCCGUGAUUUGGGAAUAGUUAUCACAGUUUUGUCUCUAAUGUUCCGGAAUUUCGGUUCACUUACUACGAAGAUAUUCACCGAGAAAGUUGAAAUGAAGGCAUCAAAUAUCAGCAAGCUGAAUACUCUUUGUCAAUUAUCGAGUAUCAUACUUAGCAUGACAUAUCCUUUGUAUGGACUCCCUAACUACGAAUACCUAAAGGUUGUAUGGCUUCUUUCAGCUGGAACUACAAUUGGAUCUGGUUUAGGAUAUUUAAAAAGUUUACCAGAAUGGCGGAGACGGAUGGCUGAAAUCUCCACAAAAAACAUAGAUAGAUAAACUAUUUUAUUUUGUACACGGUUUUUUAAUCAACAAUUUAUAUCAAAUUGUAUCUCCUUCAACGAAAUGGUUGUCUUCAUUGUCAACAGUUUACAUAUAUAUAACAUGUUAUGAAAACUAACCGUUUGAUUGAAUAAAAUCCAGAGAAAUAAACUAUUAUAAAGAAAAUAAAUGAAAAUAUCCCAUAUACAACUUGAAAACAAUUAUCAUCUAUUAACUAAUCAUAAUUUACUCUAUUAAAGUUUAAUGCAUAAAUCUUAAUAUAAACCUAAAGAAUGAUUUCAUGUUAUUUAAAAGUCAGGUCGUCAUCUCUGUUCACUUUCAACUGAAUGAUUCAAAGUGAAUACACACUUACUAUAAAGUCCUGAAUUCUAUUUCUGUCAUAGUCUUAUGCUCUCGCAAUAAAUAGAAGAUUGAAGUUAUCAUUCUGACGAACCACUUCUAUUUCAAGAUAAUACAGUCAGAUACUGUUAUUACCUUUCGUAUAUAAGAAUUUAUCUAAAAGCUUCAUGGGUGAUGGGAAAGUCUCAAGUUAUCUUUAUUUUUUCCGAAUGUUCUUAGUAAAUUACAAUUUGGAUGGACAUAAUUGUUCUUGAUGAUUCUUUAAUCCAUAUUAACACAUUCAUUACUUUUUAUAUGCUCCGGUAACUACA